AUAUCAAGCGACAACAGAUUGAUUUGAGGGUCAACCGGCUCUGGCAGCACCGGUUACAGGAGUAAUUUGAGUACCGCAAACGAGGAGACACAAAAUCAGGAUGUUCUAUCCUUCAGGAAGAUGGCCGUGAUCGGCGAAUCCAGGUUUCGGCCAGUAGUCCACGUGAAAGAACAAAAAGAAAUUCAUUGUCGUAAAAAUAAAGGAAUUACAAAUAUAUCCUCGCCGUACCGUCAUCAUAGGAAAAGAAAGAGUCGAUCGGCUCUCGAGAGCACGAUGUCGUGUUCGCGAAGUGCUGAUCAAAGUGAACUCAGUGAUCCAGAGGAUGGAUGCUUGGAAACUGAUCCUCUGAGAUACGAACUGCGCAAUAUCCAGAGCGUGAUUCACGUGAUGCGUCAAAAUAUUGAAGCGCUCAAUAACAGAUUUGCUGGUUUUCAAGAUCCACCUUCAAUCUACCUAACAGAAUAUCAAGAACUCACCAGUAAAUUACACGAAUUGGAAUCCAAACAACAAAAGUUAAAUGAACUGCUCAAUUCGACAAUUACAACAACAACAACAAUUGAAGUUCCUGUACAAAUAGAUAACGAUUCACAUUCAUCAAAUAAAUUUCGUACACCACGAACACCAUUAAAAUCACUAUUACGAGCUUAUCUACCAAAUCAACAACGUACAAGUGUACAAGUACGUGAGGGUCUUUCAUUAAAAAAUGCUCUCGCAAAAGCAAUGAAAUUAAGAAAUUUAACAACCGAAAUGUGUAUGGUUUACAUUGUAAGUACAAAUGAUUCAAAACAUGCAAUACCAUGGGACACGGAUAUAUCAUCACUCGAAUGUGAUGAAAUAUCAGUUGAAAUACAUGACAAAUUUCCCAUAGCCACAUCGAUAUCACAUAAUUUUGUUCGUAAAACAUUUUUUUCCCUCGCUUUUUGUGAAUGUUGUCGUAAAUUAUUAUUUCAAGGAUUUUAUUGUCGCACGUGUAAUUAUCGUUUUCAUCAACGUUGCGCCGGUGGUGUGCCAGCACUAUGUCAUCAAACAAGAAUGCAAGAUACAUAUUAUCAAGUAUUACUUGCAAAUAAUCCAGAGACAACUGCUGGAAUAUUACAAUUACCAUCGGGUUAUGGUUUAUCGACAACAAUGGCUACUUCCAGGAGUACUAGGCAACCUAGACUACUUGGACAACAGGAUCGAUCAAGCUCUGCGCCUAAUGUCUGUUUUAAUAUGGUAAAACCAGGAAUUGGUGGUGAACAUAUUAAUUUAGACGAUUAUUCAAGGUCCCAGUGUCUUAGCCGACCUGUUGGCACAGCCCAGAAUCCCAUGUCUCCUGCAAGUAGCCCAACAAAACACAGUCAAUCAACACAAGCAAGUCCAACAAGUACAUUAAGGCCAAAACGUCCACGUGCAAGAUCAGCUGAUGAAUCAUCGAAAAAUUUAUUAGCGCCACGUGAAUCAAUUGAAGAUUGGAAAAUACCGGCUGAAGAAAUUCUCGUUGGACCGCGUAUUGGUUCGGGAUCAUUUGGAACUGUUUAUAAAGCACAUUGGCAUGGACCAGUUGCUGUUAAAACUUUAAAUGUAAAAAUACCCACAGCUGGACAAUUACAGGCAUUUAAAAAUGAAGUUGCAGUAUUGAGAAAAACACGUCACGUUAAUAUACUUUUAUUUAUGGGUUGUGUUAGUGAACCGCAAUUAGCUAUUGUGACACAAUGGUGUGAGGGUUCAUCGCUCUAUAAACAUUUACAUGUUUUUGAAUCACGUUUUUUACUAUUAACAUUAAUUGAAAUUGGUCGACAAACAGCGCAAGGAAUGGAUUAUUUACAUGCAAAAAAUAUCAUACAUCGUGAUUUAAAGAGUAAUAAUAUUUUUCUACAUGACGAUUUAACGGUAAAAAUUGGUGAUUUUGGCCUUGCUACGGCAAAAACAAGAUGGUCGGGUUCAUUACAAUAUCAUCAGCCAACGGGUUCGAUUUUGUGGAUGGCACCCGAAGUUAUAAGAAUGCAAGAAGAAAAUCCUUAUAGUUUUCAAUCAGAUGUUUAUGCAUUUGGUAUUGUUCUAUUUGAAUUAUUAGCCGGACAAUUGCCAUAUUCGCAUAUUAAUAAUAAAGAUCAAAUUCUCUUUAUGGUUGGAAGGGGUUAUUUACGGCCGGAUUUAAAUAAAUUACGUUCUGACACGCCAAAAGCAUUGAGAAGAUUGACUGAGGAUUGCAUUAAAUUCUCGCGAGAUGAGAGACCGAUAUUUCGGCAGAUCUUGGCAAGCCUAGAAGCACUCCUAAGGGGACUUCCUAAGAUUACUAGAUCUACCUCGGAACCAAAUCUUAAUAGAACACAAUUGCAAUCAGACGAUUUUCUCUAUACUUGUGCAUCGCCAAAAACACCAGUUAAUUUUCAAUUUGGUGGUUUUCCAUUUUAUCCAAGUGGAGGAAACAUUUAAAGCAAACAUUUUAUCAGACUGUCAAUUUUUUUGAGAAUUUAGAAAAAGAAAACGAUGAAACAUAAAUUUUAGAUGAAAAUUAUGUAUAGGAUUUUAAUUUUCGAUAAUUAUUCGCACUUUGAUUAAUGACUGCUUGAAAUUGUAAAGCAAUUUUUUUUUAUUUCGAUAAUUAACGAAAAUGUCAGUGUGUAUAUAAUUGACACCGAUAAAAAAAAAUUGUUUAAACAUCAUAAUUAAAUUCAUUUCACGAAUUGGGACAGAUUCUCACACAUUUUAUUUUGAAUAAUAAAAAAAAACUUUUAUAUCGAAGAUAAAUUAAAUAAUUAUAAAUUGAGGACAAUUUCAAAUUAAAAAUAGAAUAUUUUUGAUUUUGUUAUAAUAUAAAUUUAACAAAAAAUGUUGUAAUUUUACUACCAUUAAUUUUUAUUAAUAAAAUAAAAAUAAAUUAUUUAAAAAAUUCAAUUCCUAUAAAUUUAAUUAUUUGUAAAAUUCAAUUUACGAUUAAAUUAUUUUUAAAUUUAUUUUUAAUUUAUAAUUCUUUAAUUAACAGAUUUUUUUAAAAUGUUUAUUCAAAAUAAAAAUCGUGAGAAUGUUUUAUCCCUUCAUGAACGACAAAAAAAAAUAUCUCUCAAAAUAAAACUAUGACCAAGUGGAUCGAAAAUCAAUUUUAAAUUUUAAUAUUUGUAUAUUUUGAUAAUUAUUUUGUAUUUAAUCUCAAAAUUUGAGAUAUUUGUAUUCAUUAUAGCGAAUGAAAUUUAUUUUUAGAAAAUAGUCUAUUUAAAAAACAAAUUUUAUCCAAAAUUAAUAAUUAAGAAAAAAUUAAUUCAAUUUUAAUAAAAAUUUCACGAAAUUUAAUAAAUAUUUGGAUAAAUUUUAAUUCGAUUAAGUUUAACGGAAAUUAAACUAAAUUUCCGAUAUUAAAAAUUGAAAAAUAAAGAAUUUCUGUAUAUAAUUCAUUAAAGAAUUUUGUAAUCAAUUUUACAAAUUUGUGAAUUUAUUUUAAACAAAUAAUUAAGUUGAAGACAAAUUAUCAGCUUUUUAGAAAUAGCUUUUAAUUUGAAAAUUUGUAAUUACUAGAAUUGUGACGAGAAUAAAAAAUAAUUCAAAUUAUAUUUAUAAAUAUUAUAGAAAAUUGUGACUUGAAAAUAUUGAUAAUAAAUUUAUCAUUUUCCGUUAUGAAUAAACAAGAAGUCCUUAUUUAUAAAUUUAAAAGUGGAGGAAUUUUCGAUCUACUUUUUAAUAACUUGAUUCUAACUUUCUAUUUUUCAUAUCUACACUUUUUCCAACAACAAAAAAAAAAAAAAAACCAUUUUCUUCUUGUAAUAAUAACUGCACAUAAACACACAACAGUAUGUGAGUAAAAAAAAAUAUCUCAUCACUUUUUAAAAUCCUUCAAAAGGAUGUAAAAUUGUAAUAACUUAAAAUUGCUAGAACUUAUUCGCGUCGGCCUUUAAUUAAAAUUACAAAAUGUACAUUUUUUUUAAUCCAAAUUUUUAUAUUUAUUCCGUAUUAUAAUUUCAUUCAUUUUUUUGUGAAUUUUACUAAUUACUGCCGGUAAAUGAAAGUUGCGAUUUAUUCAAAUCAAUAAUGUAAAAAAUAAUUCGAUAUUUCGAGAAAAUUUAGUUAAUGUUAUUAAUUGUAACUCGAUUCAUUUAAAUAUUAUUUUUUUUAUAAUAUAAAAUAUUUAAUUAAUUUUUUCCAUUGAAAAUUAAUUGAAUAUUAUUUUUAAAGAAUUUUAUUUUAAUGUUUCUAAUUGAAAUUUUGAAAUAGGAAAGUUUGUAUACAAAUCUAAAAUACAUACUAAGAUUGAAGGAGAGUGUGUGUGUAUAUAUUAUAUGUAUUUAUAAACAUAAAUGUAGUUAGAAACUUUUUGCCCGUAUUACAAAAAAAAGAGAAAACGUUGAAACUCAAAAAAAAGGAAAAAAAAUAACCCGAAUAUGAUGAGAAAAUUUUAAAUGAUUUCGAAGAAAUUUCUGUUUAAGAUAAAUUUAUGU